ACUACUAUAAAAGCCAACCCUCUCCCUCCCUCUGGUGCCAAAAAAAUCCCCAAACCCAAAUCGCAUUAGGUUUAAGAGUAUGGCAGAAAUCGAAGCCACCAUCGCCGGCGGCAAACUGAUGGAGAUUCAUAAAGGGGAAUCGCAAACACCAUGUAGUACAAAGUCACGAAAACGAAAACGAAAUGCUCAUUGUUGUUGCACUUGUCAUGAUCCCAAAACCCGACGCCGUGCCAAAACUAGGAAACCUCCUUUACCAGAGGGAUUUGGUUAUGUUCCUAUGCCAGUACGUGUGGAUAAGAAUGGUAACUACAUUCCAGAAUUUUCUGAUCGUGUUGCUUACAUGUCUUGUUUACGUUGUGGUAUGAGGGGUGACCACUGGGAUCCCUUUUGCCCCAACUCGAUCAAUGAUCCGCCAGACUCAGGAGAAGCUGCUCGAGUCACGGGCAGGUCAUGGAAUUACAUAUUGAGGAAUUUCAAUCUGAAAGAAUAUCUUGACAAAAAGAAUAAGACUGAUGGGAAACCAGAGAACCACCACGGAGGAAGGCGGUGAAACCAAAACUGUCCAAUCCAUUGCUGAAACAAAACCAGUGCCAGAACUGACAAGCCUUCUAAUUAAAUAGGGAAUUUAAAGAUGAAGUAGUCCGCUAUGUAAGUUGCUUGUUAUUAGACUUCCCCCGUUACUAACUCUUUUUGUAGCUCUGCAACCGCAGUUUCUCCUAGUGUACUUUCUCACCCUAAUCUGCUUUCUAAAACUGGGUUGCUUGGUGGAAUUGGGAAUUCUUUUUUCAUGUUGGGUUACAUUGCUUGUAAGCACAUGUGGUGUUCAUAUAAUCUCCCAAAUUCAUGAAAACAAGGAAGAACAUUAUUAAGAAUCUAGCACUACUAUUCGUAUUUAUCAUUUUUGCUCGUUUCUCAUGCCA